CCCUUCCCUCGCCCGGUGGGUCGGAAGCAGUCGCUCGCGCCCUGGCAGCUUCAGUUCGAAACCACCCUCGGCUGGCGGAACAUGUUGCACCACCGUCGCUGUUAAGCCCUCACUCGCCUGCAUCUCUAUUCCCGCGAGCAUGGAGCUGCGACUCGCCACCGUGGUCGCUUUGUGCCUCUUCAUCGCUAAGGGUACUUUCGGAUUGCAUUUUAUCAACGUGAGCGUGCCCAGGUAUGCGGAGCUGCACGAGACGCUGACCAUGAGUUGCCACUUUGAGCUGGGUGAUGCUCGCCUCUAUUCGGUAAAGUGGUACAAAGACGACUACGAGUUUUUCAGCUACAGCCCUGUUCUCAACUCAAAGAACUUUGCUCUGCCGGGAAUUAAAAUUGACAUGUCCCGGUCCGACAUGAACACAGUGACCCUGUUGGACCUGCAGUUCAGCAGCUCGGGCACCUAUCGGUGUGAAGUGUCGACGGAAGGACCGAAUUUCGAGACAUUGUUCUCCAACGAGAACGUGACAGUCAGAGCCCUGCCGGCGAGCGAGCCAAUAAUCACUGGUCUGCAACCAGCCUACUCUCCAGGGGACAUAAUCGAAGCCAACUGUUCCAGUCCCAAGUCGAAACCGCAAGCCAUUAUGGCUUGGUAUUUAAAUGGAAAGACGGUUGAUCGCUAUUCUCUGGUGUACUACGCGUCUUCCGAGGACGAGGAAGGUCUAAGCGAGUCAGUGCUGGGACUGAGCGCACGGGCAGAAGUCACCCUCUUCCCCGGGGGCGGCCCACUCGAAUUGAGGUGCACGGCCACCGUGCAAGAACGCACCUGGUCCAAGACGGCAACGGCCCUGCUCGCCAGACUCAACAACCAGAAACUGGCCCAGGACGACUUUACAAAUCAAUCUGGCAGGGCGUGUGUCAGUCUAUUGCUGCUGUUGACAUCCAUGCUGCUCAACUAUGGCUGGUGACCUUUUCAGCCAGCAAUGAUUUGUUUCUCUCCUUGAAAAUUCAUUUCAUAAGGUGUUUAAAUUAUAAAAAGCAAAAGGUUAAAAAGACACUGUAAAUAUAUUGAUGUCUCCCGAAUAAAAUUUGCAACCCCUGAAUGCCCAUAUUAUACUCUACAGUCGCCCCCCUUUGUGUGCCAAAUUUUUAUGUUUUGAUGUCACGACACUUGCAUUCCCAGAGGGCAGAAUAAAUUGGGGAAGUUGUGUUACCUUCUAAACCAAAUUUGAGAGACAUAUUCACAGUAUGUGUUGAUAAAAGCACCAAAAUUGGGAAUACAUUAAGUAAAAUGAAUGUGCUAAGAAGAAUACAAAAGCUCAAAAAUUGUCUCCUGUUAUUUACCUUUACUGUGUAUAACAAACAUAGAUUUCAUUGGUUAAUAUGACAAUCGUAACACUUUCUAUGAUUUUAAAUUUUAAUUUCAAAUUGCGAUUGAUUUCAAAACAAAGGAAAGGUUUGUGCCAAAAAGAAAAUUGUUUGUAUUUAUACCACACAUAUUACAUGAGGUAACAGUAGAAAAAUGUGAGGAAGUUUUUCUUAAAAAUAAACCUGCCGAGAUGUCAUAAUAAAAGCGCAAACAGAAUCA